UGUCGUUGACAGUAUAUAGCUCUAUCAAGCAAGGGCGGCUGUAUAUCGGGCGGACUAGUGUUGACAGUAUUCUCUUACAUGUAGCAAGAACGGGACGGGUACCUCUGAAACUCCUCUGAACAAUCGCCUCCCUCUCGGUGUUACUGCCAACAUGAUUGGUAUAUUGUUUGUGGUAUUUGCUGGAAUUUGUGUCACUUUAGGAGAAUACGAACUAUCAGAUUAUGCCAGCCACCCCUGUAUGCGUGAGUGUGGGGAUGGAGCGCCCCCUAUGACCUGCGUGUACAACUUCACAGUAGAAUACUACUACGUCUUGACCAAAGCCUGCUAUGACUGCCCGUACAACAUCACCGACUGCUACAGACCACACUGCGUUGCUGCUGACGGCGUGGGGAGGGGGAUCAUCACGACGAACAGGAUGCUACCAGGACCUGCCAUACAAGUUUGUCAGAACGACAUGGUCGUUGUCAACGUGCACAACAAGAUGGAAGGUUCUGAGGGGACCACCAUCCACUGGCACGGAGUCUUCCAGAAAGGUUAUCAACAUCAUGAUGGUGUCAGCAUGGUAACCCAGUGCCCAAUAACAGCUCACUCCAAGUUCCAGUACAGGUUCAAGGCCGGUAACCGAGGCACUCACUUCUGGCACGGUCAUGCUGGCGUCCAACGCUCCGACGGUCUGUUCGGGGCGCUGAUUAUACGGGAACCUCCGUCACGUGACCCAUCCUCACACCUGUAUGACCAUGACCUUCCUGAACACACCAUGAUAGUACAUGACUGGCUUGUUGAACUGACCAUCAACAGGUUUGCCGGCCACCAUCACGCAGGAUACGACAACAAACCCGCAUCUAUGCUCAUCAACGGUCGGGGAGCGUUCCAUGAGUUCCCGACUUCAGACACCAACGAGACAAUCUACACCCCGUAUUCUGUGUUCAAUGUCAGGAAGGACCAGAAGUACCGCUUCCGCGUCAUCAGCAACGGCAUCCUGAACUGCCCCAUCCAGGUCUCCGUGGACCACCACGACAUCAUCAUGAUUGCCACGGAUGGUGUGCCACACCACCCUGUCGUUGUCAGCUCUUUCAACAUCUUCGCGGGAGAGAGGUACGACUUCAUACUGGACGCUGACAAGGCAGUUGACAACUACUGGAUUCGAAGUCGAGGUAUGGCAGACUGCGCUGUUAAGUCAGCGAAACAGUUGGCCAUCUUGAGGUAUGAGAACGCCACAGAGACGGAACCGAGUGGACCUUCAGACUAUGAGAGUGGGCGGAGAGGAGGGAAGCUGUUGAACCCCUGGAACAAAAAAGGCUCCCCUGAACUGACCCCCGUGUCCUGGCUGAACACCACCCUGGCAGACCCCCUCCACAUGAAACAGGUGCCCGAUAAGAAGUUUUACACUGCCAUGGACUUCUACACAAUAGACAACUAUGUGUUCCAUCAUAAAGAUUUCUAUCCCUUGGCUGCCGUUAACAUGGAUAAAAGGCUGUAUUUACCACAGAUGAAUCAUAUCAGCAAUAGUCAACCGCCAUCCCCGCCACUGUCCCAGUUUGCUGAUAUACCCAAGGACAGUUUCUGCGGCCCCCACAACACCAGGAACUGCAGCCAGGAGUUCUGUGAGUGUAUCCACAUCAUCAAGGUGGACCUGGACGACACCGUGGAGAUGGUGCUCAUUGAUGAAGGCGUCGCCUUCAACGCCAACCACCCCAUACAUCUACAUGGCCAUCACUUCCGGGUGGUCGCUAUGGACAGGGUCAACGAGUCAACCUCUUUAGAGGAGAUCAAACAGAUGGAUGCAGAUGGUCAGAUUGAAAGGAACCUGGAAACACCUAUAGCUAAAGACACUGUAACGGUUCCGGAUGGAGGGUAUACAGUCAUCAGGUUUCAUGCUGAUAACCCAGGGUUCUGGCUGAUGCACUGCCACAUCGACUUCCACGUGUCAAUCGGGAUGGGUCUCAUCGUACAGGUGGGGGAGCUGAAUCAGAUGCCCCGACCCCCAAAACACUUCCCCCGGUGUGGGAACUGGGAGUACACGGGGGAGGAGGAGGAGGAGGAGCCCAGGUGCCCCGUGAGCGGAGCUGGACUUAAUGAAGAAUCGUUGUGGCUACCAGCAUUGUGGUGUAUAUUCGUAGUCGUAUAUAGCCAUUUCUACAUUUAGAUGCCACUGAACUCACAACUUACAAGCUUCUGAAUACAAUUUGCAAAAAAAACAAGAAAAAUAACAAAUGCCAUAAAUAAUACUGGUGAAAGCUAACAUAUAACGAUUUUCAGUUUAUUUUAGGCUCAUUUUGGCAAUACAACAAAAAGUAGUUGACAGGUAAAUAGAACAAAAAAAAUAUUGUUUUACACUGGCAAACUUUACUAACCUUCCUUCUUCAUUGAGCACGUGCUAUAAGGUUUAUAAUUUUGCCAGUCGUGAAAAAAUAACAUUAAGACGUUACAAAGCCAAUAUAUCUGCCUAACACUCUGACUCAUAAUCAUCGACUUGUCUCAAAAUGGCGAGCGAGACACUGGUCAAGGGGGAAGUGAUCAGUGUCACGUGGUCUUGGCGCCGACACUGAAAUAUUGGUCAAUCUCCAGCCAGCUUAAACAAAUGAAAGACAUGAUUGAAUGCACUGCACUAUUACAUCUACCUAACUCUUCAUCGGAAUGAUAUCACCCACAUAUACCCCACUUUUCAGACAUUAGUCAAGAAAAGAAAAUAUUGAAACAUGGGUUUCUCCAUAUUUUUAUUCUGUCAUACAUUUACACAUAUUACGAAAGAAAUCCAACAUACACCAUCCAAAGUA